GCAGAGCGAGUGGGCGUCUCUCUGAGAAACAGAAAGAGAGAACGAAAGCGAGGUGUUUCCCUCGGCCAUGGAAACGGUAUAAAGAAGGAGCCGGCUGCCCUCCUCACGAGCAGUGGGUCCUCUCGUGCCGUCUGGGGCUCCACGGGGUUGAGGAGCCCCCUGCGUCGGGGGCGGCCCGAGUCUCUGGCUGCCAUGCAGCAGACCCUGAACUACCCGUACCCCCAGAUCUACUGGGUGGACAGCGGGGCCACCUCGCCCUGGGCCCCUCCAGGGACGGUCCUCCCCUGUCCCCCUUCAGUGCCUGGAAGGUCUGGUCAAAGGAGGCCACCACCGCCUCCGCCGCCGCCACCACCGCCGCCAUCACAACUGUUGCCUCCCCUGCCGCUACCACCUCUGAAGAAAAGGGACCACAACCCAAGCCGGUGUCUCCUGGUGAUGUUUUUCAUGAUUCUGGUGGCCUUUGUUGCCGUGGGGCUGGGGAUGUUUCAGCUGUUCCACCUGCAGAAGGAGCUGUUCGAACUCAGAGAGUCUUCCAGCCAAAGGCAUGUAGAGUCAUCUUUGGAGAAGCAAAUAGGACACCCCGCUCCGCCCUCUGAGAAAAGGGAGCCGAGGAAAGCGGCCCAUUUGACAGGCAAGCCCAACUCGAGAUCCAUCCCUCUGGAGUGGGAAGACACCUACGGGAUCGCCCUGGUCUCCGGGGUGAAAUACAAGAAGGGCAGCCUCAUGAUCAACGACACCGGCCUGUACUUCGUGUAUUCCAAAGUGUACUUCCGGGGCCAGUCCUGCAAGAGGCAGCCCCUGAACCACAAGGUCUACAUGAGGAACUCGAAGUACCCGCAGGACCUGGUGCUGAUGGAGGAGAGGAUGAUGGACUACUGCACCGCUGGCCAGAUGUGGGCCCGCAGCAGCUACCUGGGCGCCGUCUUCAACCUCACCAGCGCCGACCAGUUAUACGUCAACGUGUCUGAUAUCUCUCUGGUCAAUUUUGAGGAAUCUAAGACAUUUUUUGGCUUAUAUAAGCUCUAAGAAAAGCACUUUGAGAUUCUCUCCGUUACGGUUCCUUGUUACAAGCACUGAGAAUGUUGUCUUGAAGGAAGGUCUUCUUAAGGCCCCUUGAGGUCAAGUGAGAAGACAUAAACCAAGAGGGCCUUGGGACCACAGGGUCCAGCAGGUCCUUGAGCCAGACAGGCUGAGGGAGAUAAUAGAUGAGCAUAAUGCUCUGGGCUGCGUGUCAAGAUGUGGAAGAGGGAAGGGCAGCCACCAGAGCGUUCUACACUCAGCUUCGGUGGCCAAGAAUGUUUGCACACAUUGCCAAGGACACCUUUGAACUCGCCUCUUGGGUGGGUCUACUGUCUACCUCAGGGGAGGCUGGGCUGUCUUCCAGGUACUCGGUGUGAGACGAGUGGGUAAGGGGUGCACAGGGGCCUCGGCCUGCGUGAUGAGCUCGAGACACCGAAAGGCCCGCUUCCCGACAGCAGCACCUUUACUUCCGAAGCCGUAGCCCGGGCCACCAGGUGAUGCGGACGGAGAAGCCAGGGAGAUCUCUGGGGGCCUCAGUCCAUUCCCUAUAGAGCAUGUACAUUUCCUGAGCAAUUGUAGGGGUGUGUGCGUGUGUGUGUGUGUGUGUGUGUGUGUGUGUGUGUGAGAGAGAGAGAGAGAGAGAGAGAGAGAGAGAGACUGGGAGAGCCAGCUAAGUAGAGAGAGCAUGGAUAUCAGGAAGGAUGUGUUAAGAGAAUAUGGGGUGCCUUUGGUGUAGGUUUUGAAUGCUUCUUGGCAACCGACCCCAAGAGUCCUCUAAUCUUUGUCAGCUAGUGAUGCUAUUUUUCUAUGACAUAAUCCAUAUUUAUAUACAUACAUUUUUGUGUAUUUUUAAUGAAAAGAAUAUAUAUAUAUAUAUAAUAAAGAUCUAU